CAAUAUAAAUGUUUUAAAUAUCAAAGUGCUUUGCGGAGUGGGGGGAAAGAACUUGAAAGGAAUGAGACUGCUAGUUGUCUGCCUUCUGAUGCUGGCCUUUAUACCUGAGACUAAAUGCCGAAUCUUUGAACGAUUCAUGGAGAUCAGGAGUAAGUUCCCACAGCCAGAUCCUGAUAUUGAUCCUUCCUGGUACACUGGCCGAGGGAUCCGACCUGUGGGGCGGUUUGGCAGACGAAGAGCAGCUGCAGAAAAUGUCCAGAAGUCUGGCAACAGGCAUCUGCAAGCUUGUUUUCCUGUAGAAGAAAGCAGCGAAUCUCUGCAAGAUGAAUGAAGCUACAUAAAAGUUUUAAUACAAUGGCAACAAAAAAAUAUAUAUAAUGCACAUGUG